CACAGGUAAAAAGGCAGCAUAAAACUUCAUACAUAAAUAUUUUAAUUAUAAAUUAAAAUCGUAAAAUUCUAUAUUAAACAAUUAAUUAAUUUAAUAAUUGAGAUGUGUAUGCAUUAAGUAGGGGACAGUUGGGUGUGUCGUUAAUUUAAAAUAUUAAAACGUCGGUUAUAAAAUUUUUUGUUUUGUUUAUACUUCAGCAGUGCGUGUGUGUUUAUGUGUAUGCGUUUGUCAGAUAGUUACCGAAAAAACUUAUUAUAUCUUUAAGUUAUGGCUGCACAAGAUGUUUUAUCUGGAUAUUUGGAUGUGAAAGUGUCCUUACGCCAAAGACGUCGCGGAUUUACUCCGUGGAAAGUUUGGCGUAAACAGUGGUGUGAAUUACGACAUGUGGGUGGUUCACAACAUGUUGUUGAAUUUCGUGUGAAUUCUACAAGAAAUGGUCCAUCACCGAGCAAUUUUAUUAUACCACGAAAUGCAGUUUUAUGCCGAACAGAAUCCAGGUCAAAACGUUUUGCAUUUGGAAUAUUUUCACAUGGUAAUAUUCGCAAACCCAUAUUUUUUCUAUCGGGAAAUUCGGAAACUGAUACACAAAAAUGGAUUGAACAAUUUCGACGAAUGCUGACACCAGCUAAAUAUUUACCUUUGCGUGAAGGUACUUUUGCUGUAUCUUUAAUCGAUAACCAACACUCCCGUUUGGCAGCAUUAUUUGGAUUAUAUGGAACAUUAUCGACAGGACCUCACGGUGUUUGUAUUAGUGACCCAACAAAUGGACAUCCUCGAUUAAUAUUACCAUGGCAACAUUUAUUACAAUUUCAUUUAGCCGCCACUGGUGUGAGUACAGAUGACAAAAAAAUUUGUAUUCUACAUACAAGCAGUGAAUUUUCUGCUGGCGCCGGCCAAUUACAUUUAUUUUGUCAAAAUGCUCCACAAUUAUUACAAAAAUUAAAUAAUCGUGGACGUGUACAACGAUUAUUUAUUUCAUCAUCAUUAACGACAUCAAAUCGGCGGUUAAGUCGAAGCGAAGGAGAUUUACGUCAAUCAUUUACAGCCGAUACAGAAAGUUUACGAGAUUCGGGACUAUCUUCUUGCAGCCCUGCCGAUAAUGUAACACCGGUGAAUUUAAGAUCAAAUCAUGGAUCACAAGAUUCGGGUGUACGUAUAUCAAUGGCUUCGGAUGAUUCUGGUUUGGUUUUGAAGAGUAAAACAGCAUCAGCCUUGAUUACUACGGGCUUGGGAUUGUUAGGAUGUGGCCCAAAUAUGAUUAGAGGAUGUGAUGAUUCGUUUGAUGAAGUUUUCUCUCAGGAUAUUUUAAUGCCUCUAUUUCCAAAUAUAAAUAAAAAGGCAAUUGCAAAUCGACGCGAAUCUGGCGUAUCAAUUGCAUCUGGGAUUUACGAAGAAAUAUCUGAGGAUGUUCCUCCAGCCAAUACCGAAUCCAACACUAACUCAUCGACAAAACAAUCACCAUUCUCACAAGCACAACAAUCAAAAACACCAAAUCAUUACGAAGAUCCUGUGGAAAUUAUUUUAAAACGUGCAUGUACUCCUCCACCGUUACCACCUCGAAAAUUUCAGGACCGUCUUCGACUAGACAGCUACAGCGAAGAUAAUUUGGAUGAUUUACCAUUAGCACCGUCAUCGUUCACAUCACUACGAUAUCCUCCCGCCAUAUCAUUACAGUUUUUACCACGAUGUCAUACAAUGCCGUCCAAAUCUACAGGUUCAACAACAACCAGUUGUUCCUCAUCAUAUCAUUUUAGUAGUAGUUCAUCUCAAAAUGGGGAUGAAAAUGAUUAUUUACCAAUGUCUCCGGGUCUUCAUACGAAAACAUUCUUAACAGAAAGUUUGUACUUACCAAUGUCCCCUGUUCAAAAAACAUUUGCUCCAGACGCGGAUGCAUUAUAUAUGGAUAUGAAUGGAGCACGAAAUGGCUCAACCACUGCUGCAAAAAGUGGUGGGAUAACUGCAAUUAAAUGUGAUAAUUGAUAAAUGGUCGUAUUCGGCCUAAAACUUUUUCUACAGAGUGUUUCACUAAAAAUGUGGAGAAAAUAAGAUUGAUUUUAUGUACUAUGGAAAAUACAGAGUGGUCAGAGCAUUCCAAACUCGUUUUAUGAGAUAUAAUGAACUUAAUUUUAAGGCCUGAAAAAAUCUAGUCAAAAUGAACAUUAAGCUCAAACUUUUUGAGAUAUUUGAUACUUGGCCAUAAGAAAUCAUUUCAAUUUUCCACGUUUUUUAGUGACAGUCUACUU